UCAAACAGCAGUCGCCGCCUCUCAGUGAUGAGGGACGACAAAAAAAAACAAGGCUGCUCACAUUUUGUUUGUAUAAACGCUUUUCCCUUUUUGUUUAACAUUUCUCAGGUGGAUAUAACCAGUGGAAUAUUUUUGUUGUUUCUUUCUUUUUAGUUUUCUUUCUUUUUUAAUGUCCUUUCUAUUCGCAACUGGAUUUUAGAGCGGAGAAACAUCACUUUGCAGGGAUGGAUCCAGCUGGAGAGCUUUUACGCGCCGCGUUUCUCGGAGCGUCUCCUCCGAUGCGGAAAAAUUAAGCGGUCUCUGCUCUGAGGAGUGAACAAUGAAGUAUGGACUGGUUGUGCUCUCGGCUGGCUUUACUGGUUUACUCAGCUUCACAUUCCUCGCUGUGGCCAUCGGAACUGAUUACUGGUACAUUAUCGAUGUAAACAAGCCCAACCACACGGGGCCAAAUGACCUGAGUUCACACUCUGGAUUGUGGAGAAUCAUUGAAGGUGCAAAUAGGAGUUCAGUCAUCCCUUCUUUUACAGCAAAUAUGUCCAGCCUAUCAGAGACUGAAAGGCACCUUCUCGGCUUGCACAAGGUAGUGGUCAUCUUGCUGCCUCUCAGCCUGGUACUGCUGGUGUUCGGAUGGAUCUUCGGACUUGUCAGCUCAUUGGCCUGCAGUCCCAGGCUGCUGGCUGCAUCGGCUUCCUAUGUUCUCCUCUGCAGUAUUUUCACGCUGUCAGGGGUCAGUACCUACAUCAAAUACUCUAAUCAAGCCAUGGAAGAGUUCCAACGGAUUGUUCCCCCUGAAAAUCUCGUCUUCGUGCAAGUCUCCUUUGGCUGGUCGUUAGCCUUGGCAUGGCUCUCCUACAGCCUGGAGGUAGCAACAGGUCUGCUGCUGCUGCUAGCUGCCAGAAUAACUCAAAUAAAAGGGCAUUAUGAUUCUGGUGUUGGUAUAGCUAUGUUGUAGUGAAACUAUAUACUCAUAUUUUUUAGGGGCAGUUUUUUUUUUUUUUUUUUUUUGGCUGUAGUUUUUUUCUUUCUUUAUAGCUUGCCAGCUUGUAAGAGACCAAAACAUCAAGAGCCAAAAACCAGAGAAUGUACUGAAGGUAACUUUCAUAGGCACACACAGAAGCUGACAUUAAAUCACAUUACUGAACUGCUUUCAUCUUUUCAAAACUAAAUUGUGUCUAUACUGACUCUGCUUAACAUUGUGGUUGUGUUUACAACAAAACAAGAAGAAGAAGUUCACCAAGUGAAUUGAUGGAUAUUUGUUCUUGAAUGUAUUUAUGUUGUACCUUUCAGCCUGGUUGCCACUUAACUGAGUGCUGUUGUUUUUUUUUCUUAAGAGUUAUAUAAGUUUCAGGAGGUCAAGAGUCAAACUGGUAGCGCAAGCUGGCUCUAGCAGAUGCACAAAGAAGUUAAAUUACUUUUCUUGGCCACUUUUAUUUUCCUUUUUGUCAACUGACUUUGCCUAAACUAAUGUUCUGAAUGGCUUUGUAAAAUAGAAUAGACAACCUAGCCAUGCUAAUUAUUGCAGAGUAGCAUUAUUUUUCUCUGUUUGUUCAAAUCUUCCACUCUUUGGAAGACUCAUUGCUGUUCCACCUUUUCUCUCAUUGGGGAUAAUGAGCUUCAUCACUGCAGUUUAAUGGAGCCCCAAAGCCUUAGAGAAGACUUUGUAACCCUUUAAGAUGCUUUGAGUUUUAAGAUGCCUAUUUGCCAAUAAUAAUAAUAAUAA